CGCUUGAACUACUGAGCCACCCAGGCGCCCCACAUGCGUUACUUUUUAACUAGGAAAAAAAUACUAUUAAAGACCAAAAUGUUAAGAAACCUUCAGACCCUGCAUUCCUACCACUGUGGACUCCUAGGAAUUUGGAACCCAAGACAAGAACCAGAGUACUGUUAGGGUUCUGAGGUCCCCUUUAGCUCACUGACAUUCUAAGAAUUCUAAGGAGAAAUGCUGGACUUAGAUCAGGGAAAAACAACUUGAAGGGUUGGAUGGCGGGAAAGAGAAAGUUUUGGGUCAGACUGUACCUUGGACUUGGGUUGUAAGGAAACUGGUGAUACCAUAUAGGUGAGGACUGGUUACACUCUCUCAAGUGAAUGUGGGGCAGUCCACACUAAGAAUUCAUGGUUAAGGGGACAGAUAAUCCCAUGUAGUCAGUAUCACUAUGAGUCUCUUCUGCAGCCGUGGAAUGAGCAGAAACAUGGCCCUACAUGUCUGAAGACACAGACCCUAACCACCAAAGACUUGGCCAUAAAUACCACAGAGAGGCCAUGCAUCAGGCAGGGAGUGACCCAGUCAGUUGGGCCUGAGUACACCGUGUCCCAACCUGGGAAAGCUCCCUGAAUAAGACUCUGGGAGCUCAAACCUGUUUUAGAGUUUGGCAGUCUCCCAGCUGCAAAGGCAUGAUCCAGGGUCAGAGUCUAUACUCCCCACCCAGACCAGAAACACAGUCACACACAGAAACAGAGCGCUUAAGAAAGAGCACCAGGAGAAUGGCGUUUGGAAAAUUAAAAGGCUGAAACAGAGAGAGACCUGCUCAUAGACACAGAUCUAGGCUCUGAAAUACUGACUAAAAGCAGCUGAGACGGCAGGGAGACGUGUGGACAUAUAGAGUGCUUCGGAGAAGUGUACCAGGGAAUCCUGACAGGGACCUAAAUGGGAAAACAAUGGAAAGAAGAACAUUUGGAAACAGGGAAAAUGAAGUAAAGCUGGGAUGGGUCUUGGAGAAAGAUCUCCACACAUACAGACUCCAGGCUCUAGUUAGCAUGGUGCUUCUGUCUUCUGUGCUUUCUAUGAACUCUUCCACCUCAACUAGAUUCAUCUUACCACAUUCUGUCUUGUCCAGGUCCAUCCAAUUCAGAUACUACCAUGUGCCCUCCAUGUGUUAGUGUCUAACCAAGGUUCUGACAUCACAGCUGACCCAGACAAUAAGCUGACCUUCCACAUUGCACACUGGAUCAGAUUUCCAUGGAUGGCUCUUAAUUUGGCCCCAGAGAUAGCAACCCAGAUUGUUAGGCUGACUGCCUCCUUGGAGGACAGCAACUGUUCAGCUCUGUGAAAAUUUUGGUAUACAGUGCGACAGUCUGACAAGGCAGAUAAUUUGGGGUACUGUAAAAAUGUGACAUCAUGCUCUUGGAACAGUUGUGGUUUGACAAACACAAGUCAUCCACUGAGCUCCCUGAGGGCAGGGAAGGCAUCUUAGUCAAUGUGGUUUUUCUCAAGUCCUGGCAAGGUGGUCUGCAGAGAGAAAAAUGCUCAAUAAUGGUUGGUGAAUAAAAGACUUAAUUAAAUAAUGGACCCUGCCCUUAUGGAACUUAAGGCUAUUAGAUGAUAAAAUGUCAUAAGUCACCAUAAUAUAAGUUGGAUGGUGGGCAAGGUUAUUAGCAAGGGCAGGCAAAGAACUGUGAUGGUUCAGAGGCAUCAGAAAUCUCUUCCUGUGGCAGAAAGUGGAAGAGGUGGCCUUUGAGCUGAGUCUUGAACCACAGAAGGGAUUUAGACAGGACAGAGAGUAAAACUAACAGGGUAGUGGGUACGCAAUUACUGAUUCAUGACAGUGGCUGGCUGGGGCGUUCAAGUGGGGUCCUUGGGCCUCUGCUGUGCCAGGCAUUACCUCUUUAGAUAAGAGAUCAGUAGAGUCCCCAGAGAGGAGGGAGGUAGCCGGAGCACCCUGAAGCUAGGAACUAUUUCUCAACAGGAUUAGAAAUAUUUCAACAAAUUUCUCUUAGCCAUACAACCGUACUGGUGCAUAUCUACUGAAUGUUAGCCCCAGAUAGGAACUUCCUGAGAUGGCCUUAUUCUCUUUUGGUUUGUUGGAGCCAUAGGGACCUUACUAGAAUGUGAGCUACAGAACAGUAGAGGCAGGUCUCUAGUUCAAUGCUGCAUCCCUAGGGCUUAGAAUGGUACCUGGAGGAUUAGAGGAGGCUCAAUAAAUGUUUCUCAAAUGAAUAGGCAUACUGGGAACCCCAGGUCCAUUCUUGGGGUCCUUUCACUCUUCAUCUCCUUGCACGUGCUCUCCCCCUCAAAUCCAUGCUCCACACCAGCCCUCAUUACAACCUAGUAUGACAAUUGGACUCUGUCAUUCUCCUGCACAAGAUAUUUGAUGACUUUCCUUUGCACAAAAUACCAUUCUCCCCAUUGUUUUUAGCAAUUGAAUUGCUACUUCUUCAAAAGUCCUGAUCAGAUUUUGUCUACUUCUGUAUUACUUUCUGAGGCAGAACUCAUCUCUCUCCACUGAAUAUUGUGAUAGUGUUUGCCCUCACUCACUAGACAGUGUGAGCUCCUUAGGACAGGGACUGUGUCUUAUUCAUUUCUGUACCUUUAGUCCGUAGCCCAGUGCUGGACAUUGUAGAUGCUAAAUAAAUAUUUGUUAAAUAUAAGAGUGAGUGGUAUUCCCAGCAGUGAGAACUAGAUGAACAAAGGUGACCAAAGGUCUGGGGGGAAAAUGAAUAGUUUAAUUUGGCUGGAGUAUGGGGGAGAAUAGUAGGAGAUAAAAUGGAAAGGUUUCUUGGGUCAGAUUUUGAAGGGCUUGAAAGUCAGCUGCAGGAAGAAGAUGGGCAGAUGGAAGCCAAUGAAGGUUUUUGAGCAGAGGUGUAAUAUGAUGAAAAAUAAAUUUAGUUUAAAGCCAUCACAGUCCCUCUCUUACACAUACUCAGUUUUUCAUUUAUACUCAGAUUCACCUCCCACCUACCUCUCUGUCCAGCCACUCCCAGGCUUCCCCAACAGCUUGUCCUACCCCUGUAUCUGCUCCCUGGCUAGGCCAGGGAUAUAUCCAUGGGCUGCUUCCCCUCUCAGCCAGGGGCUGUGGGGCCCCCAACUCCCUGUCUUUCUCCUUCUCUUCCUGGGGCUGGGAAGCAGGCCAGGGUUAGCUGAGGCUGGCUGGUGAGCAGCUGGGCGGUGCCAGGGAGAGCCUGUGUAGUGCCAGGUGGUGCCUUGGGUUCCAGGCUGAGCCUGUGACCCCGAUAACCUCCUGCGUGUGCACAUACCUGCCCCUCACACCACCCCCAUCCAGGCUUUGGUAUCGGGGAAGGGGCACAGGGUCAGGCAGACCCACGGGACUUUGGCUCCAUCUCUACAAAAGGGCCCUCUGUGAGUCAGCCUGCUCCCCUCCAGGCUUGCUCCUCCCCCACCCAGCUCCUGUUUCCGAUGCACGUACAGCCCGUACACACCGUGUCUGGGACACCCCGCAGUCAGCCGCAUGGCUCCCCUGUGCCCCAGUCCCUGGCUCCCUCUGUCGAUCCCAGCCCCUUCUCCAGGCCCUGCUGUGCAGCUGCUGCUGGUACUGCAGCUCCUGGUGCCUGCCCAUCCCCAGAGCCUGUCCCGGAUGCAGGGGUCGGCCGGGCUGGGAGGAGAUUCAUCUGGGGAAGAUGAUCAGCUGGAUGAGGAAAACCUACCCAGUGAAGAGGACCCACCAGGAGAGGAGGGCCCACCUGGAGAGGAGGACCCACCUGGAGGGGAGGACCCACCUGGAGAGGAGGACCCACCUGGAGGGGAGGACCCAUCUGGAAUGAAGACUGAACCAGGAAAAGAGGACUCUCUGAAGUUAGAGGAUCUGCCUACUGUUGAGGCACCCAGGGACCCCCCAGGCUCCCAGAAUAAUGCCCACAGGCACAACAAAGGGGAUGACCACGGUCAUUGGCGCUAUGGAGGCGACCCGCCCUGGCCCCAGGUGUCCCCAGCUUGCGCAGGCCGCUUCCAGUCGCCAGUAGAUAUCCGCCCAGAGCUCGCCGUAUUUUGUCCGGCCCUGCAACCCCUGGAACUCCUGGGCUUUGAGCUCCCGGCACUCCCAGAGCUGCGCCUGCGCAACAAUGGCCACACGGUGCAGCUGAUUCUGCCUCCGGGGCUGGAGAUGGCCCUGGGCCCCGGGCAGGAGUACCGGGCCCUGCAGUUGCAUCUGCACUGGGGGGCUGCGGGUCGCCCGGGCUCGGAGCACACGGUUGACGGCCGCCGUUUCCCAGCCGAGAUCCAUGUGGUUCACAUCAGCACUGCAUUUGCCAAAGUUGAUGAGGCCUUGGGACGCCCGGGGGGGCUGGCCGUGUUGGCCGCCUUUCUGCAGGAGGGCUCAGAAGAAAACAGUGCCUAUGAGCAGUUGCUGUCACAUUUGGAAGAAAUCACUGAGGAAGACUCGGAGACUUGGGUCCCAGGACUGGAUGUAUCUGCACUGCUGCCUGCUGACCUCAGCCGCUACUUCCGCUAUGAGGGGUCUCUAACCACACCCCCCUGUGCCCAGGGGGUCAUCUGGACUGUGUUCAACCAGACAGUGAGGCUGAGCGCUAAGCAGCUCCACACCCUGUCUGGCUCCCUGUGGGGACCUGAUGACUCUCGGCUACAGCUGAACUUCCGAGCCACGCAGCCUUUGAAUGGGCGAAUGAUCGAGGCCUCCUUCCCCACUGAAGUGGAGAGCAGCCCCAGGACUGUUGAGCCAGUCCACCUGAAUUCCUGCCUUGCUGCUGGUGACAUCCUGGCCCUGGUUUUCGGCCUCCUCUUUGCAGCCACCAGCACCGCCUUCCUUGUGCAAAUGAGAAGGCAGCAAAGACUCCGAAGUGGGACCAAAGGCAAUGUUAGCUACCACCCAGCAGAGGUCACCGAGACGGUUGCCUAGAGGCCCUGGACCUUGGGAGAAUGUGCAGAGAAGCCAGCCCGAAGAAUCUGAGGGCGAGCUGGAGAUUUUGUCCUGUCCUUACCCUUUAUAACCACUUCCUUUUUUAGGUCCAAAUAUUUUUUUAAAUAAAUGUUUCUAAUAAAAUAUAUGGAAGGCA